CAUUCAAAAUGGUUUAAAAUAUUUUCCCGCAGAAGUCUUUGAGGUUAAGAUGUGAAGAAUGUUAUUAAAAAGAUCGAGCACGCGUUCGUGGCUGCUUUCAGGAUCGUUUCGGAUUGCCUGAACCAUCGUUAAUUGAUACAAAAAGUUGAUUUUAAUUUGCAUCACGAAUCAAUUAUAAAAACCAUUACUUUAUGAUUAUUGAAUGAAUAUAUUGAAUAUUGAAAUGACGAAUACUGAAAGUGAAUACCGAAAGAAUGAUGAUUGAAUGACGAAUAUCCUCUAUUGUGAAAGGAUAAGUUGCUUAUGUUGAUAUUUACAAAUCUUUUUAAUGAAGAUCUUAGUAUUUGCUAUAACUUUAACUAAGUAUGAAGCAUAGUUCUCAGGCAGAAUUAAUAGUAUGAAGCUGCACACAUGUUUGCUAUACAUCUCCUUGUUACUUAUGCUCUGCAUUUCUCAUGGGUUAAACUGUAAUCACUGUAACAACAGCUCUAAAAAACGUAACAAUAAUAAUUGUACUGUAGAAUUUUCGCUGCAUGAUACAUUGGUCUCUCCAGGAUCUUUCUGUCAUGAUACUCAUGAUGAAGAAGUCCAAGUUACCUUCUCGUCUAGUAUAGUUGAAAAUGAGUAUAUAAUCAAAUUUAAUGGUUACUACAACGCACAUACACGAGAGAAUUAUAUAGGAACUGCGUUAAACUUGUCUAACAUUAAGAACUGGAAAAUCAUAUUGCGUAACAAUGCAGCAUCUAUGUAUCCUAGUGAUUUUGAUAUCGUACGUUUACAAGAAACAGAUAAGUACGAAGGACUUAAAGCUUUAAAUAAUCAUCCACUUGUAAAGACUGUAUCACCACAGAGACUUAUAUAUAGAACUUUAAAAUUUAUCAAUAUAACAUCAAAUGAUUCUAAUGUCUUAGAAGACAGAAAUUCUGAAAAAAGAACUAAUAAUGUUCAGUCUGGACAAUCAACAAACCGACAUACAUCUCGAAAGUUAUUAAGAGCUAUACCGAAGCAAGUUACUUAUAUGCUCGAAGCUGAUGUACUAUGGAAAAUGGGCAUUACUGGAAAAGAUAUAAAAGUAGCGAUAUUUGACACCGGGCUUGCUGCUAGCCAUCCACAUUUCAAGAACAUCAAAGAAAGAAUAAAUUGGACGAAUGAGAAUACUCGGGAGGAUGGCCUAGGUCAUGGGACAUUUGUAGCUGGUGUUAUUGCAUCAUCCUCUAGAGACUGUUUUGGUUUUGCUCCAGAUGCAGAUCUUUAUAUUUUCCGUGUUUUUACUAAUGAUCAGGUGUCUUAUACCUCUUGGUUCUUGGAUGCAUUCAAUCAUGCUAUACUUCGCAAGAUAACAGUGCUAAAUCUGAGCAUUGGUAGUCCAGAUUUUAUGGACCAACCAUUUGUUGAUAAAGUAUGGGAAGUUACAGCUAAUGGUAUUAUUAUGGUAUCGGCAAUUGGCAAUGAUGGACCUUUAUAUGGUACUUUAAGUAAUCCUGCCGAUCAAAUGGAUGUGAUUGGUGUAGGAGGUAUCAAUUGGGAUGAUCAAAUAGCAAGGUUUUCUUCGCGCGGUAUGACCACUUGGGAAUUGCCUUAUGGAUAUGGUAGAAUCAAACCUGACCUAGUCACGUAUGGAUCAGGAGUAAGAGUAUCCGCUUUACAGAAUGGAUGCAGAAGUCUUUCCGGUACUUCUGUUGCUAGUCCCGUUGUUGCUGGUGCAGUUGCGUUAUUAGCUAGUGCGUUUGUAGAAAUAAAUGGAUCUAAAAUUAAUAAGGAUAAGGUAACACCGGCAAGUAUGAAACAAGCGUUAAUAAAUUCAGCCCGUCGCUUACCAGGGAUUAGUAUGUUUGAGCAAGGUGCGGGAAAAUUAGAUCUUUUGCGGGCGUUUCAUUUUUUACAGUCAUAUAUUCCUAUCGUUACACUUCAUCCAAGCUACAUAGAUUUGACGGAAUGUCAGUAUAUGUGGCCAUACUGUACUCAAGCUAUAUACUAUACUGGCAUGCCAACAAUAGUCAAUGUAACUAUAAUAAAUGGUUUGGGUGUUGCUGGAAAUGUAGUAAAUCUUACCUGGCAUCCAUAUACUGGUAACGGUAAUGGUGAACAUAUUGAUGUGGCGAUAACAUAUAGCGAUGUCUUGUGGCCAUGGUCUGGCUGGUUAGCAGUCGCUAUAACAGUCCCAUCAACGUCUCACGAUUGGCAGGGCAUUGCACAAGGUCAUAUCUCACUCACGGUUGAGAGUGAUGGCGUAGGUAAACCACGGCAAUCAACUGUAAUGCUUCCAUUGCAGGCAAAAGUUAUACCCACGCCUCCUAGACAUAAACGUAUCUUGUGGGAUCAGUACCAUAACUUGCGAUAUCCACCCGGAUAUUUCCCUAGAGAUGAUUUGCGCGUAAAAAACAAUCCUCUUGACUGGAACGGGGAUCACAUACAUACUAAUUUUAAAGACAUGUAUCAACAUUUACGUAAUACAGGAUAUUAUCUUGAAGUGCUUGGUCAUCCGUUCACUUGUUUUGACGCGAGAAAUUAUGGGACCUUGCUUAUUGUAGAUACGGAGGAAGAAUUUUUUCCUGAAGAAGUGACGAAGCUAAAACGGGAUGUGGAAGAGAAUGGUCUAUCAGUAAUCGUAUUUGCAGACUGGUACAAUAUAGCAGUCAUGCGAGAAAUUAAGUUUUAUGAUCAGAAUACCCAUCGAUGGUGGAUACCUGAAACGGGAGGUGCUAAUAUUCCAGCCAUAAAUGAUCUGCUUUAUCCUAAUUGGGGUGUGGCAUUUAGCGACGAAGUACGAAACGGUCAGUUUACCCUUGGCCAGCACGCGCCAGUCAUAUUUGCGUCUGGUACUACAUUAACUAGAUUCCCAAAGGGUGGAAUAGUUCUGUAUGCAGAGUUACAUGAUCAGGGUCAAGAGCUUCUGGAAAAAAAGUCAGGAAUACCUACACUUGUACCAAUACUUGGACUUUUACAAGUGACAAAUGAAAAUGAUGUUGGAUUUAAUAUUAAAUUUCAUAAUGAAAUACUAGCAGCUCAAAACGAUGAAAAGAAUUAUAUCAAAGAACAGAUGAGUACGUCCGGUAGACUCGUUGUUUAUGGAGAUUCAAAUUGUAUCGAUGACAGUCAUUUACAAAAAUCCUGUUUUUGGAUGCUCGACGCUAUUUUAGAAUAUACAACAACAGGUUACAUACCUACUAUUUUUAUGGAUGAAAAUCAGAAUAAUCACAAGACUGUUAAAACGACCAGUAAUAUAGAGAUUGGAGAAUUACCAUAUCGAAUGAAGGAAAAUCAUUUUAGUCGUCAUAGUAAAGUUUUAAUAGCUAAUGAACCAGUAAGCAGUUUUAGAUCUCUUCCAUUAUGUACUACUCCUGUCUAUGCCGUUCCUAUUCCAGUUAAUGAAUCUGUGCCAAUAGAACUUUACAAAUCUCAGAAGAUGGUUUCUGUAGGAAAUACUAUAAGCGCAGUAAAUUCAGUAAUGCAAGAUACGGACACUUUCUGGCUUAAGAGACGAGUUGGUGGUGCUGGUAUUUCUACAUUGCAACAUCUCGACUCCGACAUUAUGGCUUAUGACACGAAAGAAAAUCAAGAACAUGUGAUCGUACAUCAGUGGAGUUACAUAAUAGUAAUAGUUAUUAUAGUGACAAUUAUUGUGUAUCUGUGUAAUUAUUUGGGAUUGAACAGAUAUUCGCGCAGGAAACGUGCUAUACUAAGAAUAUUUGGAGCCAUUCGAGCUUUGGUUGUGCAUAGGAUACCUGGACAAAUGUAAUUUGAUAACUUUGCAAGGAUUAUGUAUUUAAAACACA